AUGGUACCGAUUAACUCUGUUAGUGAACCUUAUUUGCGUCUCAUUGAGGCGUGUCUAUGUGAAACUCAUUGUCCAUUGGAACUGAGUGUCCAAUUAAGUAGGCUUGCUGCAUAUAUGGCAGGUUUGGGUGCGGGUAAACAAAAUGAUAUAAAUGGAUCUGUCGCUGGAGAUGAUUUCUCUCCUAUAUCAAACACGCCAUCUGCCUAUGUUAUUUCUUACAUUUUAAAGCUACUUCGAAAAUUAGUUCUCAAAGGAAACCCACAGUAUAGGUCAGGUAUACUUGCACAUCUGUCACGCAUCUUAUCGGACCUGUGCGUACCAACGAACGAUAAAAGUGGACGCUAUAUUAGUAGCGUUUGCUCGUGGUGUGAUCUGUUGCCUAUUAUUUCCAGCAUUAUUUCAAAUCUAAUUCGCUUAGGUGAGUCUCUGGAUCAACCAUUGAAUGUACCACGCUUUGCACAAUUAGUUGGUCUCAUCGCCCGUUGUUUGGUUAGUGCUCUUCCGAAGGCUGGUUCAAAUUAUUACUCUUCACGGUUUUCUGAUCUUGCUGAUAUUCUUGUAGGUUGGAGCGUAGAUUCGUCCGGUAGCUCAAAAGAUGUAAAUGUAGAUACUAUCUAUGAAGAAAUCCACUUCGGUCUUUCAUACUGGUUUCUCACUUCCACCGAAGAAAAAACAGGAGAAUUAAAACAAGUGUUACUGUCAUCGACUAUAAACGAAAAUAUCCGAGAAAUGGUCUCUCAUUUACUGGAAGAUAGCGAAAAUUCUCUAAAUACAGCUAUUUCAGAGUAUACUACUCUGAAUUGUAAGCGUGGUCCUACAGUGUCAGGAAACGCAAAACCUGCAUUAGACCCAAACGCUCAUUUUGUAUCAGUUCAACUUUUUCUCAACGCUUUGUCUAGCAUAUUUGGAGGUAUCUGCAACUAUGCGUUUGCUUCUGGUAAUAUUUGUUUUGAAGAUUUAAUGUCUGAGAGUGUUUCACAAUGGAUUGAACGUCUUCUACGCAUAAGUCAAUCAACAAGUGCCCAUUACGCUUCAUUGCUAAUGCAGAAACAAAAUGCAUCUUGGCAUUCAUCUCAUGCUGCAAUAUCUACUCCUUGUGUUCCGCUUAUUGUCUUGGAUGGGAUUCAGUCUUCAAUUUUUCAACUGUUAAACUGCUUGGUACAGUUUUCUGACUGUUCAAGUGCUGAUAUGCUAGCCGUAAAUAACUGCGCAAUAUCUAGUGUCGAUAGUGGAAGUUUGAUUUUUACCAAUGAUUGUUUAGCAUCUUUACUUGAUCUUGUCUCCACAAUCCUGACAAUCAAAUAUUCAUCAACUGUAGCUCCUGCAGAUCCUUCUUCACUAUUCAUCUAUUUCGAUUCUCAUUCGAAACUGCACCACCUUAAACUGUGUUGUAAAUCAAAUGGUAAAAGAACUAGUACACCAAGUCAAAAAAUCUUCAAAGUACUGUGUUGUUUAUCGUCCUUGAAACCUCUUCAAGGUGCUUUAUGUGAAUUGGCAUUAUCUGAUCUUCGAUUGGCUACAGGAUCACAGCAACAUUCGGAUUUAUCCCUGUCUUCAAAUAGCCGUAGAUCUGAAAUUCUGGGAUUAUUCAGUAUAUCUUUGUUAACCAUUGUGAUGCAAAACAUAUCGUAUGAACUUAAAAAUGAAUUACUUUACCGUUUGGCUGAGAUUAUUCGUACACAUUGUUUGAAGAACUGGGAUAAUCUUUCCACUCGCCUCAGAGCUGUUCUGCUGUCAUUUUUGAAUAAUCCAUCAGUUUUCAAAAUGUUUCAACCUGUUUGCAUCAUGGAUAUGCUGACUAAUUUUCUUUCUAUGAAAAGUGUUUCUUGUGUUGAGGGUUGUAUUCUUCUGAAUUUGAUCGAUUCACUUCUAUCAGACAAUGUCUUGAGAUAUGAUGACCAACUGCAUUUGUUCACUCAUCUUAUAGCGUUGUCGAAACGUACACUUGUUUCAAAAGUUUCACUGGAUUCAACUCAACAAAAUGUGUUUAUUUUGUAUGGAAAUACAAAACUUGCUUGUUAUCUUUUGCAUUUGUCUCAACUCGCUUUGUCUUAUCCAUGCUUACAGGUUCAGAAAGCCGGUAAUGAUUUGUUGUUACUAGUAUCAUCAUUUGCUUCCACCAAAAUCGAAUUCCCAGCAGUACGCUUGUAUUCAGAAUUGCUUUGGUUCACCACCCGUCGACCAGAUUAUUCAUCCACGUCGCUAUUAUCUGUAUCUGAUCCUAGUCAUUCCGAUUCUGAUAAUAACAGUUCAGUGGAUACAUCCACUUCUUUCCCUAGUCUUCCUGCUGUUGCAGGAAUUCUGGGGAUUUUGACAAGAGGAGCUCCUUACACUCAAAAAACAGAAGGCAGUCGACUACAAAUUUUGAAAAACCCAAGUGACUGGAUACGACGCUUGUCGUGCCUAAUAUCUCCACUUCCAUCAGAUCGCAAGUGCAGUUUGUUACUGUUACAGUGCACUAGUUUUGUGCAACCGGUAUUAUGGCAUGCCGCAUGGGCAAUGGUCGAUUAUAAAUUGAAAGUUGCUCCUUGGGCUAAUCCACUUAAAACACUUUUUUCUCUUGAAGGGACUUUGAGAGCGUUCAUACAACCAGUUUAUGCCAGUGAUCCUUCCAACGGAAACUCAUCUAUAGUCUCUUUCCAUGUAGCAUCUUCAGAAGCUCUUUCUCAUCAGACAACCAAUCGACAGCUGAAUCAAAUUCAUUUGCUUAUAAACUUUUUGGAUUAUCUUGAGCGUAUUAUUUUCAAUGCAACCAGUGGUUUCGCGCUCGCAUUACCUCGUCCUGCAGCACCUGCUUCUGUAUUCUUCUCAGCAAAUGAAAAUACUUGUACUCAUUGGUUUAAUAGAAUUCGAAAUCUUCUCGUCCGUAUUUCAAGUGAUUUACCAUUGGUAUGCAGAGCCGGUGUGGGACCUUCUAACGAAGUUUUAUCUACUGCUGUUUAUCAUGCAUAUAGCUUACUCAAAAUUGUUUCUGAUUGCAAAGACUCAAAGGAUUGUGAUACGUGGCUUAAAAAUCUAAAACAGUGCCUGGAAGAACUGAAAGCUUUAGCACAGUGGUUAGAUGACCUCUUUGCCGUAGAACGAAAUCCAUUUUCAUGGCUUCAUGGUAUUUGUUCUUUAACUCGUGGACAUUGGGAUAAAGGCAUUGAAAAAUUAAAUCGUUUUCUGGAUUCUAAUUUGUCCAAGAGCAAGAUCAUUUCUGCAGAGAAUUUGGUUACCAACAACGUCAAUGAGUUUUCUGAUCAAACACUUUCUUUAGUGUAUGUCGCGGAUGUCCUUCUUCAAACUUAUAUUUCCGAAGGUGACUAUCAUAGCGCGCUUAAAUUACGCAAUCGUAUAAAAUCUUGCUUGAAAACAAAAACACUGAAACAAUACUCUGCAUUUCAACUGACAUCAGCACGCCUUGACUGCCUAAAUAAAUUGUCUGAAUGGGCUUCUACAAAUGAUGUUAGAGACAAUCUGACUACAGACACCUCACAACCCUGGUCCCAAAAUUCUCUUCGAACGCAACUGGAUAAUUUGCUGGUGAAUGCUACUUGUUCAAUGCGCAAGAAUUCUGACAGUUUACAUGAUAAUUCAUCGUUUAUGUGCUUUUCUGAGUUAGCUUCCAUAGUAAGACAGAGGUCGGCAAGCGCAACCUUUCUUCCUCCACUGAAUUUGUUCGCUGAUUUUUACGCUCAGUCAAGUUCUGUUUUAAAUGGUGGUCUACUAGAUUGGUUGGUUAAAGCUGAAUUUUUGAUCAAUAAACAAACGUAUGCUUCUUACGAAACAUCAGAUCCUAUAAACUAUUCUUCAUGGCUUCACGUCACUCCAUCCAGUUCGAAAUCCCACUCUGACGCUGAAUUUUCAGCAUGUCAGUGGGCUUGUUUAAAUAACUGCCCAAACCUUGCACAGCGCUUACUUGUUAGAGCAGCAAAAUGCCUUACCCUUUUUGACUGUGAUAUCUCUACAAACAAAGAGCAAAAAUCAUAUUUUGAUGAGCUUUGUAAUCUCGCUUUAUCUGGUUCAGGUGGUAUCAUGUCAAAAUUAUCACAACUGAAUACUUUGCGAUUUUAUAACUAUAUGGCCAAAAUUCUGUGGUUGUCAUGUGAUGAAAGAAGCCAAAAUGAACACCACAAGAAAAUAAAAGCAAUUGCAAUAUUAACAUCUGGUUUAAAGUUGGCAUUAUCUGAAAACGUCAGUUGUGAUGUGAUUGAAACUGCAUCUCAGUGUAAUUUAAAAGCUGAAAUGGCCCUUACCCUUUUCGAAUGGUUAGAAUCACCUUCGAACUCUGGUAAUAUUUCAUGGGCUGAGAGAAUACAUCGUGGUUUUACGCGAUCAGAUGUGUCAGAACAGAAGGUAACUAAACCAACGCACUUCGUUUUUUGA